AUGGUGUUGCUGAAUCAGAACUUUCCAAAACUUUGUCUGAUUAAAUCACAAUUUUCCUUCCUUCCCUAUCAUCUCAAUCGAAUCAUCUCUACUCCUAAUGUCUCAGUACAUGCUCCCUCCCGCAUUCGUUUAUUUCCUUCCAAUUAUACCAGGAUUUUUUUCCAGCUUCUGUUCCUCAGAAAAUUUCUCACGAUCAAGGCCCCUGCCCUUCCUUAUCUACCCACAAAUCUCGUGCCCCUCUCCCAGGUCAGGUUCCGGAGCCGGGUCGUCGCCGCGGAGUACGUCGAUGCGGAGCCGGAGGGCGCGGCGGACCGGUGGGAGAGGUGGAACGGCAACGGCGAGGCCUUCGGCGACGGCUCGGGCGUGUGGCGCCUCACUGUGGGCGACCGCGGCACCGGCGAGGAGGAGCCGGAGACGGAGGAGGUGCAUGAGUCCGACUUCCUGAUCCUCUGCAUCGGCAGUUUCAGCGGCGUGCCCAACAUCCCAGCGGUGUCCCCAGGCCCGGAGGCGUUCCGCGGGCGGGUGCUCCACUGCAUGCAGCUCUCCCACAUGGCCGACGAGGACGCCGCCGCGCUGGUUAAGGGGAAGCGCAUCACCGUCGUGGGGUCCGGCAAGUCAGCCUUCGAGAUCGCCGCCGAGUGCGCCGACGCCAAUGGCGCGGGGACGCCGUGCACGAUGCUGUGCCAGAACCCUCAUUGGCUGCUACUAUCGGGUCAGGUGACAUGUCUCUCCUUUUCAAUUUCUCUUAUCGCAGGUUUGAUCGGAUGGAAUUCACACACUUGGAUCGAAGGAUUUGUGAUAUAUCUAUUGAUGGUAUUCCUAUAUGCAAGGAAGAAGGUGGAUGGAGCGCUGAGGAAUAUGAUAAGGAAGGGGUCGGAUGAGAGAGGAGAGAAGAGUAGGGUGAAGGACGAGAUGGAGGGAAAGAGGGACAAGGACAUGGUGAAUGGAGUUUCUUGA